UCAGUGCAGGCCAGAUUGAGGCCUGCCGGAGAACAUAUAUCUGAUGAAAUCUACGCGAUUUACCGCAAUAUUGCUGGUGUGUUGUACGUGGCCCCCAAAGUCAUCCGAUUCGUUGUAAGCAAAGAAUGUGUCGACAAAAAGAGCGACGAGAGCUACAAAAAAUACAUGGAACGCCUAAAGGGCAAGGAAUUCAGUAAAACGGAAUGGAAACGUCAUGGCUGGAUAAUCUCGGAAGAUUUGAGCCACCCUGAUAAUUUAGACAUCACUGGGUUGUUCUGCCUGCUGGAGAAACUUUCUAGGAUACAUGAUGAGUGCUGGCGGAGAGUAGAACUUCCCGAUUCAGAAGAUGAGAGGCAUGACGAGGAGCUUCCACAUGGAGAUACAGAGUGUCCACUUGAAAAUCUGCCUCGCUUAGAUAAGAAUGGCCUUCCGAGGAACUUUGAUAAACUUCUCGACAAGUUGCGCGAGGUCAAGGAAUUGCGAAACAAAAUCAUGCACGAGUUCGAAGAAACAUCGACCCCUCAAAAAUUCAGCUAUUUGGAGACUGUGCUCUUAGAGCUGAUUAAAGAAGCCUGAACGGUAUAUUCACUGCCACAGUCUGAAGUUGAUGAUCAAGAAAAAAAUUUACGUGAUGACUUCAAAAGCCUGCAGACUCCGGACGAAAAGAGCAUUUAUUACUGGUGUACAAGAUUGACUAUGUCAGGAAAAUCGGCCGUGAAGUGCCUCUGGACGAUCAAACUAUCCAAAGAGACCCUACCGCUAGACAACAGCAUUGUGCAGCGUCGGGAAGUAUUUCAUGCUCUCGACAUGAUGGUGAGAGAAGGCCCUAACGGUCAAGUUCUUUCGUACCCCGAAAUUUUCAAGGUGCCUGAGAAGGCAAUUAUAGUAUCCGGUGUUGCUGGUGCCGGCAAGACUACUCUUCUAAAAAACAUCGUUCUUCAGUUUUUCGAGCUACAGGAAGGAAAUGCUAAUUACUUGCGACAAUUUGACCAGCUCAUUCUGUUCGAGUGCAGGGAUCGUACCACUGAAACACUGGCUGACGUCAUCGAGCAGCACUUUAAGGAUAUGUGUAGGGAAUUAGAGGGUAAACGAAAUGUCCUUGAUGCCCUUUUACGUCUAGAUGCCCUAUUUGUCAUCGAUGGGUACGACGAAAUAAACAAAGUUUCAACCAACGUAGUGAGAGAGAUCAUAAAGGAGACGUCAAGCAGCAACUGUCGGGUACUGAUCACGACUCGUCCUCACAGUGCGAAGGAGAAACUGAAAAUGCUUCUUGCUACGAACGAUGUCAUUUCUACCGAAUUCGAGAUCAAGCCGAUCACAGAGCUGGUUGAGCAGCUGGAAUUUUUGAAAAGGUAUGAGAAGAGUUUAGGCAUAAAAGAAGGUGAGAUGGCAGAAAACUUCGCAGAGCUGAACGAAGAUGUCAGAAUUCUGUUCACCGAACCCAUCAACUUGAUUCUUUUCUGCGACAUACAUAAGCACAUGCCUGAGACAAUCUCGUCGUGGGAAAAGCCCGGGGACGUGGCGAUUGAUAUUCUACGCUUGUAUCAGAAGCUUGUCACCAUAAAGCUUGCCGAUGUGACUAAUCUUGAAUGCGAAGUCAUUUUGAACGAUCUGUUUGUUGUCAUUGGAAAAGCAGCGUUGGAAUUUAUUCGUGAAAACACUGUAACUUUCUCAGAAGAAGAACUGCUUCAGGUUAAAGAAAAUUGCAUCCCGAUACUGAAUAACAAGGUGGAGUGUAGCUCUGAAAUUGUCCUCUCGGUGGUGCUGAAAAUAAACAGACCUCUUUCUGGGAUCGGAAAAAUCACCUACACUUUCCAUCACAAAACUAUCCAAGAAAUGUUUGCUGCUAAAUUUAUUGUGCAGCGCAUCUUAAAGGGCGACAGCCUAAAGAGUAUCCUGGAGGCCGAGCCUGAGGAAAUGAGCAGCCUGCGUGAAGUACUGCAGUACGUGGUGCAGGGCCUCAGCCGCUGCAAGCCUCGCCUCUUGAACAGACGCUGGCCAGAGCUGAAGAAGGCGCUGCGUGACGCCGGCGUGGUCUCUGCCGCCGACUGGCAGGAGUGUCUCCGUAUCUGCCCAGACGUUGAGCAGGUGGCCAAGCUUGCCGCUCUGACCAAACUCAGAGAAAACAAGACGUGGCAUGUCGGAACAGGACGCGAAGUAUCGGCUGUUGCAGCCAUGUUGCCACAUGCACAACCUAGAGUCCUGGAAGUGGAGAUCAAACCUGACGACCCAAGCAAGGCGCGGUGGGCAGAACUUGUGGAGCGUCGCGUUGGGCCCGUCCAUCUUGUGCUGCAGAACCCCGACGGUGAUAAAUACAAGAGCAACGACGACCUCCUCCUGCCAAUGCUUGGCACAAGGUAUGAACACUCUCACACUAGGUCAACACUUAAUAAGCUAAAGUUCUAA